UGAUUCAGUCAUUAUGGGUACUGGGAACAAAGAGAGACCUAAUCCCAAAACCCUAGACACGGAUAAGUUUAGGUUUUUGAGGCCCGAUCCCAUCGCAUUGUAUGAGGAGGGAAAUGAGGAGAUGCAUCAAACUUACAAGAGCUCUGAUAUAAGGAAGUAUUUUCCCUCUCGACUCGCUGAUGUCACCGUGGGCCCCUCGUCGACCGGGCCCACUCCUCUACCUCGCCGGCUUCCUCCUCCUCCCUAUCGGCCGCCAGAAAGGGUCCCACUUGUCACCCACAACUCGCCUGAGAUUGAUAAAUUGUAUGCAAAAAGGAAGAAGGUAAGUGGUUUAUGCGGCACAUUCACUAAUUUGCCAACUCCAGAUGUCGAACAUACACUUACAUCAUCGUCAUCGGCAUCGGCAUCAUCAUCAGAAGCAGAUUCUCAGAUGUCCAGAGCAAGUACAGGACAGGUCAGUGAGACCCAAUUGGGGCCAGAGGAGAUAUUGCCAGAUACAGCUGAAGAGAUCCACAAGACUUAUUCAGAGAUACUGGAGGUUGACACUACGUAUGUUGCUCCCAGUGAGGAUGUUGUGUUUGUUGAUUGCCUACCUUCUAAGGAAAGGAGGCCUCUACCUUCAAAAGCACAGGAGUUUGCUCAUAGGAGAGAGACGUCUGGUAUCUCUCUCAAAGCAGAAGAAAAUUAUCAACAGCUUAAGGAGAAGUUUCUUCAGAGGUACCAGAAUGCAAAGGCCGAAAUCUUGAGACGUUUUCCAAAUCAACCAAAGGCUCCGAAGUUGGGAAGAUCUGGAAACAACCCAAAUACCAAGAAGCCUCCAAAGGGGAAGAGGGUGGUCAUACAGUGGAAUGAAUUCGGGCAGCCUAUCGGGGAUUGGGGCACCAAUUUCAACAACUACUUAGGUUGCCUUGCCAAGCGGGCGGAUCUAUUCAACCCUUACUUCAUGUGGACACAUCAACCUUUCAACCGUUUAGAAGCAGCUUGGAGAGACUUGGAGAAAUAUUUUGUUAUGGAUGGAAAUCCGAAUGCUUGGUCAUAUGUUUUUACUGAUAAAAUUCCAAAAAUGGUCCAAGAAUUUAAGUGGCUUUUGAAAAAGUUAUACUUUGAGAAGUACCAGAAUGAUUGGGAGCGUUUUUGGUAUUUGGACCCUCGAGCAGAUGGGCUCCACUUUGCUGCAUUAUGCUACUAUUGGGAGACAGAUUCUGCCAAGAAAAAAUCUGAUAUAUGCAAGGCGAAUCGGGAUAAGCAUGAGAUGGAGCAUCAUAGUGGUUCUGCUUCAUUUUCCCAGUUGCUGUAUAAGAACAAGAGACCUAUGAGAGUCGACGAGAUUGUCAAAUUUGCGUAUGGAACAUUUAGCCCAAAAUAUGAUAAGGAGGAUAAGAAGAAGAAGAAACUGGCGAUUGUUGAUGCUCUACUCCGCACAGUCCAAGAAGCGGCCCUUCAGUCUCAGCUUCAGAGUGAUGGAGAGUCUGCAACUGCCUCUGAGCUACCUGUAGAUGUUCAGGACCGUUGUGUCCAGGAGAUAUUUGGUCCCUAUAAGAAAAACCGAUAUAGACUCUGGGGAGUUGGAUCAAGGAAGCCGACUGAGAGUGGUGAAUCAUCCACUACAUCUGUUACUGAGCCAAGCAGCACCCAUGAGCCUUGUGUUUCCCGUGAAGAGUUCAUGGAAUUCAAGAAGAAUACCGAGGAGAUGUUGCAGAUGCGUUUGAAGGAGCGGGAGUUGAUGAUCAGUAUGGCUUCAAGCAUGCCAUCGGAGCAGCGAGAGAAAUGGCUGGCACAGAUGGCACUCUUGUGGGGCUCUUUAGAUGGCGAAUCAAGUGCAGCAAAGAAUAGAGAUGAUGGUCCAUUACUGGCUCAGGAAGACAGCAGUGAUGAUGAGACUGAGACUGCAUAGAAUAUUUAGUCCUCAUUGAGUAAAGAUGAGAUUGAGGAGGGACGUGAGGUAGAGAAAUGAGGACAAGAGACAAUAUGUAUGUUUUAUCUUUCGAUCUGUAUCUCAUAGCUAAUCUUUGUUGAUAUAUGUCGGUUCUGCUUUGAAGUUAUUCAUUGCUCUAUGGAGGUCAAAGCAAUUAUGCUAUGGUGAUUGGGUACGAGGCGGUAGAUAAGUUGUCAAGUUCGCAUGGUAUGCAAGUAUAUCAUGAUGAUCGGCUUGUUUAACUUGUAAACAUGUUAACCAUUGUGACAAGCAAAAUAUCCUAUCAUUGUGAAGUUGUAACAUGGUGGUCCAUUCGAUGGCUUGGAGAUCUAGUUCUCAAGGUGGAGCCCUGGUAUUACUAACAGCUUUCUUAAAAUGCGUUUUUGGCCAUGGGUUGGUGGUUUCAAACAAGGUGUACAACAAUGUAAACCUAUUGCUAGAUUGUAUCUUUUUUUCUUUUCUAGAAAUUGCUAGAUUGUAUACUAGUUUGUCGUUGGUGUAUCAACUACAAACUUGUUUCCUCUCAAAUUGGGGUGAAACCGUGAAAUCGAGGGGAAGAGAAUUCUCGUA